UUGAAUAGAAUGACAAGGAAACAUGCCAACCGCUGAAGACGAAUCUCAUCGUUAUAACCGCGCGCAGGCUCAUUCUUUCGCGUUAUUAUGCCGUUUAAGCGCCACUCCAUCGCGGUGCAUGCUGUGAAUUUGAAAGGAGCCACGGGGAAAGCCGCUUGGGUGCGAGCCAAAAAUUACAACUGAAAGAAGAAACCCAACCCUGCUUCGAUUACGCACCGAGAGAGGGAGCACGCUGAAUGUGACAGCCUGUAUCAGGGGCACUUCAACAACUCAUCUGCGAGGCUGAGAUCGACCGUGUACGCUACUUUAUCCGUGUUCUGGUUUGUGCACCCUCAAAGGAUGUAGACGUCGGCCUGCUAUACUUCGCUUUGGCAUGCUCGCUUUAACGAGACUUGUCGCCAGUGGUUCAACAACGCGUUUUUGAACAGGCAAUGCAUUCCCUACGUGUUUUGUGGCGCAAACUACGAAAACCAUGCGCUUUUCUCAGUGAUUCGUCCUCUUGCGUAGGUAUACGUGUGUUAGUAGUUGAAAAUGCCUAGGUUUUGAUACAUAAUUUUUUUUUACGUACGGAAAAUAUCAAAUUCGUCUGGGAGGAGCAACUCUGUCUACACUUCGGCUUCCACGACAAUAUCCUAGUGGGUUUUUGAUGGAGCUGGAGAACAUUGUUGCAAACACGGUACUCCUGAAGGCCAGAGAGGGUGGAGGAGGAAAACGAAAAGGAAGGAGUAAGAAAUGGAGGGAGAUCCUCCGCUUCCCUCAUAUCAGUCAGUGCACAGAUCUGAGCAAAGCCAUCGAGCCAGAUUACUUCAGCCUGUGUGAGAAGCAGCCCAUCGGGAGACUUCUGUUUCGCCUCUUCUGUGAGACCAGACCAGAGCUGCAACGUUGCAUACAACUUCUAGAUGCUAUGGAAGACUACGAGGUGACGCCAGACGAGAAGAGAAAGAGUCAUGGAGAUGAGAUCAUCAAGAAGUUUCUCACCAAGCAGUCCCCCGAGUGUGUGGAUGUAGCCGAGGGUCUUGCUGAGAGCUGCAGAGAGAAUCUUGAACUGAGUCCCUGCAAAGAGAUCUUCAGUGACUGUCGCAAAGCUCUUCAUGACUAUUUGAGUGGUGCUCCCUUUGUUGACUAUCAGAACAGCAUGUACUGUGACCGCUUCCUCCAGUGGAAGAUGCUAGAAAGACAGCCCAUCACAAAAGACACUUUUCGCCAAUACAGAGUUCUGGGGAAAGGAGGCUUUGGGGAGGUGUGUGCGUGCCAGGUGAGAGCCACAGGUAAAAUGUAUGCCUGUAAAAAGCUGGAGAAGAAAAGGAUAAAGAAGAGGAAGGGGGAGGCCAUGGCCCUCAAUGAGAAACAGAUUCUUGAGAAGGUCAACAGCAGGUUUGUGGUGAGUUUAGCAUAUGCCUAUGAGACCAAAGAUGCCCUGUGUCUGGUACUGACCUUAAUGAACGGAGGGGAUCUGAAGUUUCACAUCUAUAACAUGGGAACUCCAGGCUUUGAGAAGGAGCGUGUGCGGUUCUACGGCGCUGAGAUCUGCUGCGGUCUAGAUCAUUUGCAUCAAGAGUCUAUCGUCUACAGGGAUUUAAAACCAGAGAAUAUACUCUUAGAUGACAAUGGUCAUAUCCGGAUUUCAGACCUGGGGCUGGCCAUUAAAGUGCCUGAUGGAGAGCCGAUCCGUGGCCGAGUGGGGACAGUGGGCUACAUGGCUCCAGAGGUGAUUAAUAACGAGCUGUAUAGCAUGAGUCCGGACUGGUGGGGGUUGGGUUGUCUGAUCUACGAGAUGACCGCCGGGCGAUCGCCUUUCCGUGCUCGCAAAGAGCGAGUGAAGAGGGAGGAGGUGGAGAAGAGGGUGCAGGACGAAGAAGAGGAGUACAGCGACAAGUUUUCAGAAGACACCAAAGCCAUCUGCAGGAUGCUGUUAGCCAAAGAUCCCAAGCAGAGGCUCGGCUGCCAGGCGGACGGAGCUGCUGGAGUCAAAGUCCACCCCUUCUUCAAGAACAUCAACUUCAAGAGAUUAGAGGCCGGCAUUCUGGAACCUUCCUUUGUGCCUGACCCAAGAGCGGUCUACUGUAAAGAUGUUCUGGACAUUGAGCAGUUCUCCACUGUUAAGGGUGUCAACCUAGACCAAACAGACAAUGAUUUCUACUCCAAGUUUGCCACUGGCUGUGUCUCCAUCCCAUGGCAGAACGAGAUGAUCGAGACUGAGUGCUUCAGCGACCUUAAUGUAUUUGGGCCUCAGGGGUCACGGCCCCCUGACCUGGACUGGAACCAGCCUCCCGAGCCACCCCGCCGCAGCCUGCUGGACAGGAUCUUUAGGAGACAUGUGAGGAUCUCCUCCACUUCCACCACAGAGGAAAACCCCAGAGAAUACAAUAGUUAACUACAGACCAGCAUCCAGAGGUGACCAUCGCUCACAGCCUGGUCUUGUCUUCCAGCGUCAACUCUGUUGACUCCAUGUCAAACUCUGCCCCCUAGUGGACAGACAGCUGCAGGACUACAGGGAACACAAACAAGUGAGCGAUAAAGAGAAAUAAAGGAAUAAAAUGAGAGUAACGAACUUCUGCCCUUUUAAAGGCUGCUCUUUAGAACAUGGAAGAGUCUAUUUUUCUCACCUUGGCCCACACUAACCAUCUACGGCCUGCAGAGAAGACAGGAGACCAAACAAACUCCCGUUAAGAGACGAAAAGACCUUUAUUUAUCCAAUUUGUGACAGAAAGGAGGACUUGUAUUCCUUCACCUCACGCUCCCUCAGGAUUGCUGGACCAGUAAAGAGCCACUGACAAUGACAGAAUAUUAACUCGUAUUAUUCAGGGGAUUUUAUCAGCAAAGAAGAGGCCUCAACAGGGAACGGGAAGGGGGCUUUUAAAAUUUUGAUCGUUUUGCGAAGGACAGAUUAUAUAGUGAACUUAAGACACUCUUCUCACACACUCACACACAAACUCUCUCUCUCUCUCUUUUUUUUUUUUUUUUUUCUUCAUUCAUCCCUGUCAUAAUACCUUCCCUUUUUGUCUUUCUGUCUACACAAAACACCUUCAACCUCAAUAAUCUCAGGCCAAAGAUAGAGCUUAUUAAAGGAAAACAUGUAUUUGAAUAACCAUUUCCAUAUUUUGUUCCAGAGAGUGACAUAAGGCCUAAAAGCACAAGAAGAAUCCGAGUUUUGUUAAGCUGGAUGUCUUUCCCUCCUAUUUCAUUUGUAUGUUAUGUGAAAUUACUCAAAAACAAACUGAAUUUACCAGCUUUGGCCAAUUCACAAAGUUGCGCAUUGGACUUAAAGGAAUGUUCUGGGUUCAAUACAAGUUAAGCUCAAUCGACAACAUUUGUGGCAUAAUGAUCACCACAAAAAUGUAUUACAUCCUGCAUGGAUUUAGGUAGUCAACCAGCUGAAACAUAGCCAAUCACAGUACAACAUAUCGGGUUAGGGAGUCCUUCUCAUCUCAUCACUUAAAUAUUUGUUCACGAACGUAUAUUAACAAACUAUUUCACUGGAUUAAAAAAAAAAAAUCUUAUUUAAAAAGGAAAUUAAUAAAAUUUGAGUAACCCAGAUUAACAUAAAUUGUACUUGUACUCUCUACAUUAGAAUCCUUUAAAAAUUAGGUUUCCAGUUGUAAAGACUUGGACAUCCAGAACGCAAUGGCCUAAAGAUACAUUGGGAUGCCCUGCAUAAAGAAUAUGUGGAACUUUGUUAGGUAAAUGUUUCUUUAAUAAAUGGGUAGUUUAUCAGUAACCUAGAGCAACUCAAAAAAGAAAAGGAUAUCUGGCUGUCAUAAUAUAAUUGUGUCUCAACCUUUCAUGUCAUGUAAGAGUUGUAAGCUUGCAUUUACAAGGUUUUUAUAUGCCUCAAAGUUCAUUAAUUCAACUUAAAUGACAAAUCAAGCGUAUUAUCAUGGUGGCUUGAAAUUAUUUCACAAAUAUAUAUGCUAAGUGCCAUUUCCAAUCAUUGAGUGUAUCAGUUAUGACAUUUAAAGGAAUAGUUCACCCAAAAAAUUUAAUUCUCUAAUUAUUUACUCAUGCCAUCCUAGAAAUGAAUGACUAUUUUUGUUUUGCUGAACACAGUUUUUUAGAAGAAUAUCUCAGCUCUGUUGUGGUAGGUCCAUACAAUGCAAGUGAAUAGGUACCAACAUUUUGAAGGAACAAAAAGUACAUAAAUGCAUUGUAAAAGCAAUCCAUACGACUCCAGUAGUUAAAUCCAUAGCUUCUAAAUUGAUAUGAUCGGUGUGGGUGAGAAACAGAUCAAUAUUUAAGUAAUUUUUUACCAGAAAUUCUCCUCCCUGCCCAAUAGGUGGUGAUGAAAAAUGCAAAUUGCCAAAAACAAAAGAAGAAUAUGAAAGUUGAAGUGGAGAUUUAUUGUAAAAAAAAUAAAUAAAAAAAAGUAUAAAAUAUUGAUCUGUUUCUCACCCACACCUAUCAUAUCACUUCUGAAGACAUGGAUUAAACCACUGGAGUCUUAAUGGAUUACUUUUAUGCUGCCUUUGUUCUUUUUGGAGCUUUAAAAUUCUGGCCACCAUUCACUUGUAUUAUAUGGACCUGCAGAGGUAAAAUAUUCUUCUAAAAACUUUGUGUUCGGCAGAAGAAAGUAAGUCAUCCACAUCCGGGAUGGGGUGAGGGUGAGUAAAUUAUGAAAUAAUUUUUAUUCCCUUUAAAAUACCAUGCCAGAAAUGUUCUCUGAAGGUUUUACUGUGAUGAUCACAAGGUGAUGUCCUUAUAUAGUGUGGGUUAAAACAUUUCACUUUAUUUCUCAUUUGGACAGUGUGUAAUAACUGAUUAUUGCACUGUAUUAUGACAUUACAACAUGUUACAUAAAUUGCACGGCACAUUGCAUUGUAAAUUCAGUAGUCAUUAAGUGGGACCAAUGUGUCAGCUGUGUCUCUGUGCAGUCACAGUUGCUUUAUGGAGGUAAAGACUGACAUGUAGGGGGGUUAAUUCUGUGUAGUUAGCUGUGGUGAGGCUUUAAAUGCCACAUUGGGGUAUGUUGUGUGAUUGAUUUGUGGUCCGUUUCAAACUAAAUUCAGAAUUGAUCGAGUCAGAAAUUAUUCAUGCAAAUACGUUUCCCUUAUUUUAAAAACUUUUGGCCAAUGUUGACCAUUUUUGUCCUUAUGAUUACAGGGAAUAUUCCUCACUUUUUCCACUUUUCUUAACCCGGUUAUUCUCUUAACCCAGUUGGUCAGUUAUUACAAAGCUUGAUUAGUUUGAUGAUUUGACAAUUUAGACAAACUUCCCCCUAUAUAUGCAGAGGUAAAACUGUGCAUAUUAUUUCUAUAUGGUGCAUUGGUGGUUUAGUAAGUGUUAAUAGCGCACUAUACCUUAAAAAUGCCUGAUGUAAACUGAUAUUUUAUGCUAUAUUAGGAAAUAAUUGUUGAUGUGAUCCCUAUUGAAUUUAAAGAGUGAAUACGUAAAGGAAAGGUAAACCAUUUUUUAUCAAUAAAGUCAACAUACUUCUAUUCUAAGUGUCCUAACUGGACGAGGAUGUUUAGUGACAGCCAAUGCCUAAUGAGCUGCAGUAAACUAGCAUUAUUUGUAGAAUAAUGGAAGAUUGUUAGGUCUGAAAUUAAAUUGUUGACCUAAUGACCUUCUGCUAACUGCAGCUCUCCAUUUCUUCCAAGCCUCUUUCAUUUCAAGGGAAAUGUAACAUGCAACAGCUGUGAAGUUUGAAAAAGAUGGUGAACUUGUCCUUAGACUGAUAGUGAACUUGUUGCUUAAAUAUAAUUCCUGUAUUUUCUCCAUACAACAAUGUGAGAAAUGACCUUGUGGUGACAGAAAUGUAAUGGUUGCAUAAAAGGGAACUUGCCUUUAAAACAAUGACCAAACUAAAAGGGAACGAGUGGUAAUUAUUUGGAGAUUUGAAUCUGGUAUUUGUCGCUAAAGGGACGAUCAGGUUUUGAAACCGAGGACAUGGGUGCUGUUGGAUUCACUUUUUUUAUGUACAUUUCUUGAAGAGAGUUUUAGCUACAUUCUGGGGAAAAAAACCAAUGAAGUGCCUCCUUUUUAGUAGUCUAGUCCAGGUUAUUGCCCAUGAUACGUUUGCACUGGUGUGUCACUUCAGUCAUUCACACGAUGCAAACAUGCACUCACAUGAGGUGUUGUAAUACACUGAUUGCAUGUGAAGCCAAACCUGACAAAGUACUUCUGAAUAAAACCUGUGCUGGCCUACACAUACCGGUGUAGUUCUUUAAAAAAUGUUAGUGUGUUUGUAUUUUUCAGGGUUCCAACUGUCAUGGAAAACCUGAAAAUGAUAAGGAAUUUAAAAUUGUGAUUUCAAGAAAAUCUUAACUUCAUAGGAACAGUCAUGGACAUAUCAGUUAUUAAAAUACUGUUUUCUGUACUGUCUUUGAGUGCAACCUCUGUAAAUGAGUUUCAAAAAUUCCAGUGAUAACAAGCAAACUGGAAAAAGUACAACAUUAAUAGUACAAAAUAACAAUGGUAUUGGUCAACAGGUGUGUCAACCCUGUGUUUUGCAUUACAUAUGAUAACAUUCAGUACAUGAACAUGAGUACCAUGAGUGGUAAAUGAACACAAAUAUUGCAAUAGUAUAUGGAUAGAAAAAGUGAAGUAUGUUGGUAUUUGAAUGGUUCUGCUUUACACCUGUUUCUUCAUUUCAACAUUCUGUGGCUGAGGUUUCCCCACUUCUGAGGAAAAGAUGAUCUGAUAAAGGUUAAGGACUUAAGUAUAAAUUACUCUGAGGGACAUUCUGAGGUUUGUGGGUUAAGGUAAUUCCACUCAUAAACCCACAUUCACCCACGUGAUAUUGCUUGAAUGUUCUUGAACAAGUUGACUUUACGUCAGUCUGAAAACCGAGAUUCAUUAAGUCAGUAUUUUUAUAAGACUAGAAAACUUUCCAUUGGCACUGAAACCAAGGCUGACAGAGGUCUCCCAACACUGCACAUUUUGGAUAGCUCCCUAAUCAAACACCCCAGAUUCAACUCAUCCUCUCAUUAGUGGAGACUCCAAGACUUGGUGUGUGUGUGUGUGUGUGAGAGAGAGAGAAGGAGAUAUACAAAAUGUGCAGUGCUGGGGGACCUCCAGGAACAGGGUUGGGAACCACUGUGUUAGAGCAUUGAAAUGGGUGUGCUCUGUGACAUGAUGUUUCCUGGAUAUGCAGAAUACUUGCAUCUUAGUGAAUGAAACCACUAUUAUGAGUUCUAAUUGGUCACAAGUCAUCAAAGUGGUGACAUAGUAGCCCCAAAAAAGUAUCUGCACACAUUUGUUUGUAUGGAUGUCAUUACAUUGCUUGAGCACAUACAGAGGGAAAAAAAUGGAAAGCAGCUCUAUUGAAAAUACUAAACCAGUAGUACACUUGAAAUCAUCUUAAUACAUUUAUGUUUAUGCAUCAAUGUAUUGCUGAAACCAGGUAGGGGAUUUCCAGUUCCCAGCAUGCUUUACAUUGGACUGGACUGGGUAAGUACAUUUUUAAAUGAAGUGUUAUUUUAUUGUAUAUGUACACAAAAUCAAACAAGGUGACUUGUUACUGUUUAGUGUUCUGUUAUGUUGGGAUUUAUAAUGGUUAGGUGAAGGUUGGGUACGUCAUGUCUUUAAAAUCAGUGUGUAUUGCAUUUCUCAUGAAGCAAAUAUGAAAUAUCAUUAUAAUGACUGGUUGGGUAUCUGGAAACUCUCAGCAACAUCUUGUCAUACAAUAGGCCUACAUAAAGAUGCAUAUAACAUGCUAAUGUGUUUGUUGCUAGUGAGCAACAAGCUGCAAGGUUCAAUAGAGUAUUUUGAACCGAAGUUAAGUUAACUCCAUUCAUUUAGGUUUUUGCUACUCAAAGAAUUUGAGUAGAGCAUACAUUUUACUUUAAUACCAUAGAAACUCAUUUACAUUGUGUGGAACCACAACUGAAUCAGUUCAAACCAACCAUAUUGUUUUAUAGUAACCGCAUGUGUACAGUAGUUCAUCACAUUAAAUAUGAACAUGUUCCACUAAUAUUUGACAAAGUUAUCAAACACAUUUUUGUCCUUAUAUACUAUUGCUUUAUAAUUUGAAACCUAACAAGUUGUAUUGCUUGAAUAGUGUGUUUGUGCUAUCUUCCUUUAACCCCUUAAAUGUAUGGGUGUUUUGCCAAACAUUAUUACAUAUUCAGGUCUUUAACGACCCGGCACGCAUAUCUAUCACAAAUGGACCUAGAAAAUGCACAGACAGUGUCAAACUUUCAAAACAUUAAGAAAAUUUGAAAAUAAUAUAUUGUGACGUUUUUAAUGUUUUAUUUUUCAUAUAUAAAAGAGAUGAUACAACAAAUAUAGAACAGGAUUCAUUACUUCCAUACUGAAAUUUCAUGAGACACAACAGGCUGUCAUACAUAUAUUGGGCUACACCGAUGUAUUUUCUCCAGCACAUUUUAAGACUAAUUUACAUAAUUUCAGUAGUACAUCCUAAUGACAAACAGCCAAAUCAUACCUUUCAUGUGAUAAACUUGCUAUAGUUUACUUCCACGUUGCUUAUUCAAAUAACAAUGUCAAAUGUAUCAAGUCAAUCACUGACACAUCAGCGCCACCAUGAGUAAGAAACAGCAUGUAUAAUGUGUACGGGUACACAUAUGGAAUACUGAUUAUUCACCAUAGUUGCACAGAAAAUCAAUGUGAUAUAGUAGUCAUUUGUCUUGUAAUAAACAAAGAAGUAUAUGUCAUGUGUUAGUAAACUUAUAUAUAUAUAUAUAUAUGAAUU